GCUCAAUUGAGAUUCUUGCAAUGUAUUGAGCGGCACAGCAACUCUGUUUGUUGGGGGCCGUUGGGGCGACAGUCGGCCUCACCGAGCACUCUGACUAUGAGGUAGAAAGCUUGGGGAUGUAUAAAUAGGGGGUAGUCGAGCAUAUCAGCGGCAAGUAAGGUUUGGCAUCGCUUCCCAACUAUCAGUGUAAUAGCACCCCAGUCUCGAGCCCAACUCUCACGGCACUCACUCUUGACCCAACAACGACGAUGUCUAUCUCCGUCGCGUCCAUCCUCCUCAUAGCUCUCAGGCUAUCCGCCGUCCUGGCGGUGCCCGACGUCACCGUUGUGCCUCUCAGAACCGACGACUGCGUCGACUGGCCCAACUGGCUCCGGACGCAAGACUCCGACACCACCGGCGGCUUCGACAUCCAAGUCGACCAGUGCGACGACGAGGGCCUUGAGGGUCUCCUUACCACCACGAUCGCCUUCGACUGGACCGACUCGGGCGGCGACAGCGGCGAGCGUCUCGUCAUCGAUCUGCGCAAGUCGCGCCGGUUUGCCAGGUACUACUACCGCUGCUGGAACGGCACAGUGCGUUACGGCACGAACCUAGAAAGCAUCAUCACCAUCGCCAAGGACUCGCGGAAUGCCUUCUUGACCGCAAAGAACACGAUAGAGGGCUACAAGCUGGAGCCAUACGCGCACGAGAUCAACGGGACACGCCAGCCGGGCGUAUUCCUAGGCACCAUGAACCGCACCACGUGGGGGUUCACCUACGUGCAGCCGACCGAGUGCGGGCAGAAGGACUACUACGAGGUCAAGCUGCAGGGCUUGCCUGUCGAUCCUGACACGGAGCCACGGGCUGCGAACAAUCCCGAGUUCUUUGGAUUUUUGAAGGCCCUUGCGAUUUAAGACUCGUGUUGUGUUGAGAAGGAAAGGGGAACAAAAGACUCAACUUAAGCUUGAUAAUUAGAGAUAAACCAAGAAACUUCGAGGAUUCUAGCCAGACUGCACCCAUCGGAAUCUCUAUAUGCGUUCCGACAGUUUACUUUGUGCGUUUUCUCUGGUGAUAUGUGUUUCCUUUUGCAGCCCCAAUCAAGGUCUAACGAUGCUGAU